UAUGAAUUAUUUUAUUCCUGCUCUAACUUUCCUUACCGUUAUUGUUUUAAGUAUUCAUCGUUUGGAGACAACGAACUCCUUGGAAUGCAAUUUGUCUAACCCGACUAUUAUUAACGGCAGACUCUACUGUGUGGCAAAGAAAUCUAUCCCCAUGACGGAUUCAGCGGGAUUUUGUUCAAGCGUCAAAGAUGCUCAUGCAACGUUUGCUUUAACAUUUCCUAAUAAUCUAACAUCUUAUCAACAAUUAGUUACUUCUAAACUUUUACACCCUGAAAAAUCCACAAAAGUGAAAUAUAAAAAGAUUCGUUUACCUCUUAUGCAAAUUCCUAAAGGAAGUGGUAAUUGGAUAUGGCCCGAUUGUACUGUUUUAAAUCCUGAUUUAGCAGACGCAGUUGGAUGGACCAAGCAAGAAAACGAUAAAGGAGAUUGCGCAAUGAUUGAUUUAAAAGAACCAUUUAAAUGGAAAGCGAAAGAUUGCUCCAAAAAGGACAAAGUUUUCAUACUCUGUUCUCAAGUGCUUAACUCUACUUGCACCUAUAAAGUUAACUACAACAACUACGAGUUUUGCAUAAUUAACGAUGCGUUUCGUAAAAGCGAAUCCAAGGACAUCUGCACCAAUUUAGGGUAUAACCUGAUGGAAAUGGAUGGACAAGUUUGGGAAAAUACCUACAAGCACAUAUGUACAAUUGAUCCUAAACUUAAAUUUGCGUUGGAAUUAAAGACUGAAUCUUUUUUCUUGGGAAUGCAUAUGAAGAAUAAUGACGUAAGAUUUGAUUCAGAUGAUAGUCUAAUUGAUAACAAUUGGAAAUGGAAAUCAAGUCAACCAAAGGCAUCUUCUAACGGUAUCGAUUGUGUAAUCGGUUCUGAUGAGUUAAUGAUUGUUAAUUGUUCAACAAAAAAUUACGUGUUGUGCGUUAACGAUUCACGUACAAACGUAAUUUCUAAAAGUACAACAACUAUGCUGAUCAAUACAGCGGAAACUAGUCAAUUAUGGGAAAAAACAAAAUUGACAAAGACAGCUACUAAACCGAUAGUUACAACCCAAGUUGCUUUAGGAACUCAAGAAAAUUAUUCAAGUGAGACAUCGACUAUUCCAAAUGAAAUCACAGAAAACGAUUUAUGGGGAUCUAAAUCAACAACAAUCGACGAACUUGCGAAAACAGCUAGGCCUAUAGAUGCAGUACCAAAAGACGGUACUACAACAACUUGUACUAAUCUCGAACGAUCAAUGGGAGAAAAUCUUGCGGACAAGUACAAAGUUGGCUCUGUAAUUACUAUCACAUGUCCUCCUGACAAAGUUCUUCCUGAUGGUAGCAGAUUUAGAACAUUAGAAUGCCUCAGCAACGGUCGUUGGAGCUCUAGGCUACAAGAUUGUAUAGAGGUUCGAUGUCAACAUGGUUCUAAGGAGUAUAGAGUUAACGACGUAAUAGAAAAACAGUGCCCAGAUGGUUUGAAUUUAUAUAAGGUCAAGUGUACUUCGCUAGGGAAAUGGAGUUUAUCAUCUUGGUGUCCUCUUUCUGACUGUGGAAUAUAUCCAUUUUUUCCUAAUACAAAACUACUGCAGCUAAAAACCAAAGCAAUCUAUAAAUGUAUAGAAGGCCAUGAGUAUCCAGAUUUAACCAAUGAAAAGACAAUUAACUGCAAUGAAAAUGGAUGGUCAACCUUGAAAUUCUCCUGCCAAGGCAAAAAACAAUGUCCCCAUAUUCCUAAAUUUAAGGAAAUGAGACUAAGUAAAGAAAAUACUGCCUAUGGGAAUGUUAUCAAGGCUAGUUGUAGAGAAGGAUAUAAAUUUAAAGAUGGUCGUCUCUCUAUUUUUAUUAAAUGCUUAGCGACUAAAAAGUGGAAUGAUACCCUAUCAGAUUGCCAAAUUAUAAUGUGUCAAGACCCUUCAAAUGUGACAAAUGCUAUAAUUAAAUUUCCUCAACCACAAUACUUUUUAAAUUACCAAAUUGAGUACGUGUGUCGCAAUGGUUAUAAAUUUUUGACUGGAUUUACGUCUACAACUGUAAAAUGUCUUGAAACGGGUAAUUGGGAUGGCAUUCCCACAGCUUGUACAAUGCAACGUUGUACACAUCCUCCCGAUUAUAAAAAUACCGUUAAAUUGUUCGAUAACGCUAAUCAAGGUUCGAUCGUUAAUUACACAUGUAACGAUGGCUAUAGAUCUAUAACUGCUAAUUACUUAAUUUGUUCAAAUGAACUUGAGUGGAAAGGUGAAUAUCCUGCUUGUGAGAAAGUAAAAUGUGAUAAUUUCCCUAUUGUUGAAAAUGCUAAAUAUUCAACAAAUCUUACUUAUUACGGAUCAAUUGUGUCAUUAUCUUGUAAUAAAGGCUAUAAAUUUUCUCAUUCUUCAACUGAUAUAUUACAACUUAAAUGUAUGAAAACUGGUAAACUAAACUAUAAAGAUGUCAAGUGUGAAAAGGUGAACUGCAAAAUUCCAAUUUUGGAUGAAAAUACUCUGUUAAACGUUUAUAGAGAAACUAAAAUGUUCUAUUACGGUGACGUCAUACAAAUUAAUUGCACUUCUGGGUUUAAGUUUCCCAGUACAAGUAGUUCUCGUCAAUUAAUAGCUUGUAAUGAAAAUUCGACUUGGACUCCCGUUUUCUACAAUUGCACAGGUCUAACGUCCUUCUAG